GUUUGGUUGACCAAUCAUCAGGGAUUUUCAUUGGGUACCGGAUAGUAACAUGUGACGCUAUUGGCGAGAUCUCGGCCUGUUUCCUGUGUCGGGUUUGUUUACGUGGUGCUGCGAGGUGAACAAAAUGAUCGGAGAUAUACUGAUAUUCGGGACCUUACUUGUCAAUGCGGGAGCUGUGCUAAACUUCAAACUGAAAAAAAAGGAUUCGCAAGGAUUUGGAGAUGAAUCUCAUGCCCCAACUUCAGGAGAAAAUAUCAGAGAGUUUCUUCUGAGCCUCCGGUACUUUCGGAUAUUUAUUGCCUUAUGGAACAUCUUUAUGAUGUUUUGCAUGAUUUUGUUAUUUGGAGCCUAGGAACAAACCACUUGGAGUGGGAUGUGUAUGUUAUGCAUCAAAUGAAGACACUUUAAUGGAAUUUUUGUAAUCUGUGGGUGUUGUGGGCAGCUUCUCUGAUUAUUGGUGUGGACAUAUUUCAUUCUCACACUAUUCAGUUUGGUCCACCAUAAUUACACUACCAAACAUCAACUUGUCUGUGCUCAUUUAGAAAUAAAGAAUGCAAAGCCUAAUAGACCAAAUGCAAAUUGUUGGGCAACUUCAAAAUAAUCUCUAGUGAUGUAAGGGCUUCGAGGUCUACACAGAAAGUGAAGAGCCCUUAAAUUUCAGUAACAUGCAAGGCCUCUAAAUUGUGACUUUUUACAUGUUGAUUCGUAAGUUGAUAAUGUAUUCUGUCUUUUUUCAUUUAUUAUAAGUAAUCCCUUUCCCACACUGUUUUCUGUGAAUUACUUUUGUCAUCAUGUGUUAUUACAGCACUGUUCAAAGGUCUAAGGCAGUCAAAGGAAAUGUUUAACGCUAUUUAUUUGGCUAGUAAAGGUGUAUUUGCUCAGGAAAAAAACACAAUUUAACUUUAUAAUGUAUGCAAGUUAAGAGUGACCCAAUUAACACUAACAAAUUUCAUCUGUUCUCCAAAAAGUUACUGAGAUCCUGUUGGAUGGCAGGAUGAACCCUUCAGUUCCCAAACCUCUCCUCAUUGUCAGUUUGGUUAUUCUAUGUAUUUGUUAAAUUUCACCACCAGCUCGCGUAAUAAAUUAAUUGAAUUAGUUUAAAAUGUCGGCGAGGUAUUGAUUAGUCAUAUGAGGUGAGCUGGUGGUUGAGUCAAAAAUAUUUGGGUGUAUUGAAUGGUUGCUGCAUGCAGAGGGGUGACUCCAGAGGAGUUCUUAAAAUGGCUUUGCUAACACACUUUGACAAAUAUCAUUCUACACCAACAUGAUCAUUUAUCCAUCAUUUUCUUUGACUGCCUAAGACCUUUUCACAGUGCUGUACAUUGCCAGUUUUGUAAAGUUUAAAUACAACCCCAUUUCCAAAAAAGUUGGGACACUGUAAAAUGUAAAUAAAAACAAAAUGCAAUGAUUUGCAAAUCAUAUAAAA